UCAAUGGGAAACAUCACUUUUAUAAAGGAUUUUGUCAUUUCUGGCUUUCCAGGACUUCAGCCUCAAUAUUAUGGCAUUGUGUCAGCAGUCUUUUUAUUUGUUUAUGUGUGUACACUGAUGGGAAAUGCUGUAUUUAUUACAUUAUUUGUAUUAUCUAAAAGCCUUCAGAAGCCUGUAUAUUACUGCAUUGUAAACCUUGCAGUGUGUGAUGUACUCUUCAGCACCACUGCAUUACCAAAGAUAAUCGACAGGUAUUGGUUUGAAGAUGGAUCCAUUUCAUUUUUGGGCUGCUUUCUUCAAAUGUUUUUUGUACAUUAUUUUACUUCGGUCACUACACAUCUGUUGUCAGUUAUGGCUAUAGAUCGCUAUGCAGCCAUAUGUUUACCACUUCGAUAUCACAGCAUUAUGACUGACAGAAAUGUUUUCAUUUUAAUUUUUGGCUCUUGGAUUUUGGGUCUGGUGUGCCCACUGAUGAUGAUCAUAAGAGCUUACCCGCUUCCUUACUGUGCAGGAAACACCAUCGUACAUUGUUACUGUGAACAUGUUGCCAUUACAACACUGGCAUGUGCUGACAGAGAAGAGUAUGGUUAUCCUGCUUUUAUUUAUGGAAUGGUAGUGCUGCUGGGUUCACUUGCUAUUAUUGUUUUCUCUUACUGUGCUAUCAUUGUAGCCGUUCUGCGUAUAUCGAGCGCUCAGGGAAGACUGAAGACUUUGUCCACCUGCAGUCCUCAGCUCAUCAUUAUUGCUUUGUUUUUCUUACCCAGAAGUUUUAAUUAUUUGUCUAGCAAUAUUAACAUAAAGUUUAGUACUGAUUUGCGAUUGGUCAUUAUAAUGUUGUAUAGCCUCUUGCCACCAAUGAUUAACCCAUUUAUUUAUUGUUUAAGAACAGAUGAGGUGAGAAAAGUCUUUCUGGCACAAUUGCAAAUAACAAAAAUAGGCGUUAAAUCAAGAAGGCCAUGA